AUUUUCCAAAUUUUUUCCUAAAUUAGGUGUAAAUACCAAUACAUGUUCUCCGACAACGACGCAAAGCCAAAGAUUAUUUGUUUCCCGUUAUACCUUCCCUUUUUCCUCGCUAACACGGAAAACAAAACCCCAAAUUCCUAUAUUAGGGUUCAAUCCAAUUUCAAUUCCGAAACCUCCCAUUCUCCCAAUCCUCCAAAUCCCAAAACUUCCCCUCUUACAGAGUCCUCAAAUCUAGCACGGCGAGCUCUCGCGGCUCGCCAUCUCCAACAAUAACCAUGUGGACAUUCCCACCCUCUCGCCACCGGUUCCUCGCCGCCGCGAUCAUCGUCGUUGCACUUUGCAUGAUUCUACCCGUUUCGAUGGCGACACAACCGCUGAAAUUGUGCAUGCUAACGACGCCGACGCCGACGUGCCCCGUUAAGUGCUUCGUCGCCAAACCGGUUUGCGGCGAGGACGGCGUAACGUACUGGUGCGGUUGCCAUGAGGCAGCGUGUGCCGGCGUGGAGGUUGAGAGAAUAGGUCCCUGUGUAGAGGGGAAUGGGGGAUCGGCACCGAUUCCUGGACAGGCUCUCCUUUUGGUGCACAUUGUGUGGCUCAUCUUGUUGGGGUUCUCCGUCUUGUUCGGUCUUUUUUAGUUUUAUGGGGUUUGUGUAUGGUUCCAUGAUUGGUUCUUUUCAAUUCUUUGAGGUUCUUUUGUAAAUUAACCACACGGCAAUUCUUGUAUUGUAUGUGUGAUUAUUAUUUUUUUAUUAUUAUUGUUGUAAUUCCAUGACUUCAUUGCUGCUGCUGCUGGUGUACCUUGUUGUGAAUUUAAUUCGAAUGCAGUUUCUAUUCUAUAUAUAAUUGUUUGUUGGGGUU